UGUGGAGCUCGAGUGUCCAGCAGGCGCGCCGUUGUGUUCGAUGACUCUCGCUUGUUUAUUAAUGCCUGUGGAAGCGGUGACGUAAUUUUGACAGUGAAGUCUCGCUGUUUGAUUCGUACUCGUAAUCAGGACUUCGUGUCCGUGGAGAAACUAUAAUUCGUGUUUGUAAAGUACACCCAUCGUACAUUUAUCAGUCAUAAACAAACAGAAAAACAAAAUGUCGUAUCUGUGUCUGUUCUAAUCGCAGAUUUUGGAAUUGUAGCCUCGUAAAAUUACGAGUACGCUCCGUUUUCCUUUACGAUUUUAUAAUUACGGAUGCGUGAAUUUUUUUUACGCACAAAAUAUUAAUGACAGUGAUUUUAUUCCAUACACGGAGGGAUGGUGUUCGCGAAUGUGAGCGAACAUGUUUGAUGUAUUGCCUCCUUUUGCGGCUACUCUGCGCCCACAUUUUUUACAAAUCGGAUAGCCGUCCUCUAAAACAAUCCCUCGUUCAUUUUUUUGUAUCCGAAGUACUCCCAUACUACAGAUUUUAACUUUUUUUUCGGCGGGGGAUAGAGGUCAGACGAAAAAGCCUCCGGCUCUGCCAUUAUCUCUGCUGCAUGUGCACAGGAGUGUAGGUGCGCAAGUUCAGAGCGUGACCCGCCAAGCGUAAAAAAACUGUCGGUGACCUGUAACCGUCUGGUGCGCAUGAUGAACGUCUGCAGACUCACACAGCUGCGGAUCCUGAACCUGCAGAACAACAGCAUCGGCUGCAUCGAGGGCCUGAAGGAGCUGCAGCAGCUGGAGCACCUCAACCUGGCCGGGAACAACAUCAAGGUGAUGGAGCAGCUGCACCACUGCGUCUCCCUGCAGCAUCUCGACCUGUCUGAUAAUAAUAUCUCCCAGAUCGGAGACGUCUCCAGGCUCUCUGCGCUGCAGACGCUGCUCCUGCACGGAAACAUCAUCACCACACUGCGCUCGGCUCCUGCUCACCUGCCCGCACACCUGAGAGUGCUGUCGCUGGCGGAGAACGAGAUCCGGGACCUGACUGAGGUCUGCUAUCUGGCUCCUGUGCGGGGUCUGCAGCAGCUCUCCCUCCUCAGUAACCCGUGUGUGUCGUGUGUGUCCUCUGCUGUGUGUGAUUAUCGGCCGUAUGUGCUCAGCUGGUGCCUGGGCCUGGAGCUGCUGGAUGGGGUCGCCGUCUCACAGAAGGAAGGGCUGAAGGCCGAGUGGCUGUACAGUCAGGGCAGAGGGCGAGUGUUUCGUCCGGGCGAGCACACACAGCUGCUGCAGUAUCUGUCCCGCACGUGUCCCGGCGCCGCCCGGCAGCCCCCAGCAGAGGACGCCAAACUGGAGAAGAUCCUCAACAAACAACGGCAUCAUCAGAAUCAGCUGCAGCACACACAUCACCAGAGUCCCUCUCGCCCCACACACCUGGACGUGCAGCAGCUCCACCACAACACACCUGAUGAAGAUGAGGAUGAUGAAGAUGUGGAGCCUGCAGUUCGGGUGAACACGUGGAUGGGCUCUGUGUCUCCACCCGCUGCCGCUCCUCCACCCUGCGCCGCUCCUCCACCUGCUGUGGCUGCAGACGGGCUGCUACUGCAGGAUCUGGAGGCCCCGGGGCCACUGGCGUCUGAAUCUGCUGCUCAUCCGGCUUCAGCUCCUGACAGCGGAGAGGAGGAGUUUGAGGACUCUCUGGCCCCUCCCACAUCCACUCAGCACCGUGCCCCGAGGGAGGAGCCAGUGUGCAGAGGCGUGGCCUCAGAGCAUCAGCAGUGUGAGCCGCAGGACGCCGCCGUGAGGAUUCAGAGCUGGUGGAGGGGCCUGUGGACUCGCCAGCGCCACCCGCAGGCCAGAGCGGUGCGCGCAGAGAUACGCAUGCGGAGGAUGCAGGACCACAUCAUACACCUGAGCGCACAGCUGGACAGGGUUCGCCGGCAGCAAGAAGAAGAGCGACUGCAGCGACGCGUUCAAGAAGAAGCAGUGAAGGUUCUGUGGAAGCAGCUGCAGGUAUUGUUGCAGUGGCAGGCGUCUGUGGACCAGCGGCUCAACACAACACACACUCCUGCGCUCAACAAGACACACACUCCUCCAGACAGUGCAACACACACUCCUGCCGACAGCAGCACUGACACACACACACACGCUAAUCUCUCGGUGCUGGAGUGCGGUUCUCCGUGUGUGAACAGCAGCGCCGCCUCUGGAGACGCGCAGAACUGCAGUCUGCUGGAGCAGUACCUGAGCUCCGUCCAGCAGCAGGACGAGGAGGAGCGCGCCGCACACGACCUCUGACCUCAGGCCUGACCGCACCGAGGCAUUAUGGGAUGUUGAGGGUCUCUGCCCUCGUCAGCAGUCAUGUUUAACUAAGCAUCAGUUUUCUGACCGGCCUGUUCUCUUUAGUGCUGCUGACGGAGGCUCCCUAUGGAGUCCUGAUGCUCUCUGAGUGCACUUACUAGUACACUUCUCUCCUUCACAGCCUGCAGCUCUAGAUGAAGACGUGGAGUAAUGUGAAUGUGUUGGUCAUCUGCUACAGUUCGACCCAGCUGAGAGUUUAGUAGGCUUCAUUGUGUGUGUGUGCGUGUGUGUGUGUGUGUGUGUGUGUUCAGCAUGUGCUGCAGCAGUCUUCAGUUGAGUGUUUUGUAUGUCAGAUAUUUUACGAAUCAUUUUUGUAAUUAAAGUUGUAAUUUCCUUCA